UGCUAAGAGACAGUGUUUGGAAGUUUUCGGCGAAAGCACAUCUAAAUGGGGUGUCCCUGAUCUCAGUGAAUGCGUCUCGGAUAAAAUGAUAAAUAUCGCCCAACAGCUGGAUGAUCCCGACGUCGAUAUUACCAAAGUUUCCAUACUGCUUGUUAAUGCUACUGACGUUAGCACGCAUGCGCAAGCUCCACUUCAAGCUGGUGACCUUAAACUGGUCGUUGACCUCAUAGAGAAGAUUUCUCAAAAGAGCCUGGGAACAAUGCAGUACUUACCACCUGCCAUAAGAGACGAAACAAUAAAAAAGAUUACAAAGGCCAUAGUGAAGUCUUCCAGUAAUAUUCUAGACGACAAAGCUCUUGAAUCCUGGAAAUUUAUGCCAGAGGACUCGAGGGCCGCUGAAGCAAGUAAGCUUUUAAAAGGAGUUGAUGGUAUUGCUCUCCAUUUGGCCAAAACAGCUGUUGCGAGUAAUGCAAUCGUAUCUGAGGCCUCAAACGUCGUGUUGAGUGCUAAAUCCAUCAGCGACGUCAAACCGACUGCCCAGCGGAUGCCACCGACAAACAAGAUCAUGCGCAAUCUUACUUCUAGCACUGUCUUGUUACCAGGCUCCGUGUUAAUGCAACAACGGAAUGAAGGAAACCAGGGCAUGACCCAGUAUAUUACAUUCGUAUCAUACCGUAACCUUGAAGCUUUGAUGCAGCCAAGCGCAGAUGAGAAAUCCUCUAACUCCACGGAAGAUGAGAGUGGCUUGGGUAAAAUCGAAUCUGAAAUUACGUCAGUUUCACUGCACCCGAUGAAAAUAAACAGCUUUGAAGACCCAGUCAUCAUAACCAUGAAAAGCAAACAGAAUAACGACAAACUCCAAGCUAACUGUGUUUUCUGGAAUGUGUCUGGUCCCAGAGGUUUCUGGUCGCAAACAGGCUGUAAUUUAAAGGAAAGGAAUUCAAGCCAUACCACUUGUCAGUGUUACCAUCUAACAAGCUUUGCCGUGCUCAUGCGCAUAACAGACAUGCCAGAAAAUGACACAAUGGAGAAACAUAAAUUUGCCUUGAGUCUUAUUUCAUUGGUUGGUAUUAGCAUUUCCGUCGCAGCUUUGGCCCUCGCUUUUCUCACCUUUGCUUUCUUAAGGUUUAAAAACACGCGUCAUCGUUAUUUCGUUCACGCCAACCUAGCACUUUCUCUGGGUAUGGCAGAGACUUUGUUCCUGUUCGGCAUAACUAAGACGGCGAAUAAGCUAAUUUGCAAGAUCAUCGCCAUCACCCUACACUACUUAUUUUUGGUUUCAUUUUGUUGGAUGGCUGUGGAGGGAGUCGUCCUCUAUCUUCUGCUUGUGAAGAUUUUCCGAACCAAAACUCGGCCAGCGAGAGAUAGAACUGUUUUCUUUACGUUUAGUUGGGGCAUCCCAGUAAUCGUCGUGGCUGUGUCGGCUGUGCCUUUUUACGAAGGUUAUGGCACGGAGGAAUUCUGUUGGUUGUCAAUUGAAAGGCACUCUACCUGGGCGUUUGUAGGACCAGUUCUUUUAAUAUGCUUGUUUAAUUUCGUUUGUUUGGGGAAGACGUUUAUGAUCAUGGCAGCUCGAGGACGAACGAAGAAGGAAGACACAAGCAUUGAAAAAAUAAGAUACUGGUCCAAAGGAUGUGCUUUACUUUCGUGUCUCCUCGGCCUGACGUGGAUACUUGGAGUUUUUGUAGUCAAUCAAGACACCAUAUUUAUGGCAUAUCUUUUUAAUAUUUUCAACACCUUACAGGGCCUAUUUAUAUUUGUCUUUCACUGCAUCGGGGAUGAAAAGGUACGCGCAGAAUAUUUACGUAUAAUCCGCUGUCAAACACGUGCGCAGGCCUAUGGCGUUGCUCGGCCUUGGUGGAGCAAGUCGGACUCUUUAAGCCGAUCUCGAACAUGGGAGGAGAGGCAGGGGAAAGUUUACAGAAGGAGUACUCUUCAAUCAAAUAUUGAUUGCUCGAAGCCGCAAGGUUCAAUUCAGCGGAGAACUAACACCAUAACACGCCCCGAGGAUGUUGCAUUUCUAGAAAGAUUUGUUUAUAAACCACCCGCAGAAGUGACCAAUAUAUAUGGAACAGUUGAAGAUGAAAAUCUACAGAAAAACGUUGAACAGGCAGAAACUCAGCUAUUUGAGGAACAAGACGAGAAUCAAACUGACGGUCAAAAUGAGUUGGGAAGCUGUACACCAACACUACAUCAGGAUCCAGAGCAAAGCAGAACAGAACACGUUUCGCUUGAAACCGGUUUGACUUGUUCCUGUAAUAGUGCGUCAUUAUCGAAUCUCCCGGAUGUGAUACAGACUGAUUACAAAGAGAACUAUAAGGCGAAAAAUGACAGUACGGUGUGAAAAGUAGGAGGAAGCGUGCGCAACUGCUUGUUUGAAAUCAAUUUUCUUACAUGAGAAUCUCGCUAAAUGCGUGUUUGGUGAGCGAAAUGAGGAAUUUUUGCACACAAGGACUGAAUGCUUUGCAGGGAAAUGUGCUUUCUUGGAUGGCAUCGAUGGCCCCCUUUAGAGAAGUAGAAGAGAUAAGCUGAGAAAUCUAGAAAGAAGUCCCAAAACCAUGGUGAAAUGUCCACUGCUGAAAUAUCAGGAAAAUAUUUAAGGUCCAGAAGCACUAUUCGCAAGGCUUGGGAUUUUCGCCGUAAAGUGGAAAUAAAAAGAUUGGAUCAAUGUCAGUAUCUGAGCGACUGCACACCCAUGUCUCCCCUGAUAACAAGCUAGGGUUAAUGUUGGAUCAGGGGAGGGGAAGGGGCGAAGUUGCUUAGGUACUGACAUUGAUCAAAAGAUUCAUCUAUUGAUGUAUGUCUUUUAAUAAAAAGACUACCUUGGCCAUGUUUCAUGGAUCAUCGCGUAGUUCAUCGAGAAACUGAAAUGUUUGGACGUUUAACCAGCUGCGUUU